UAACUGCAAACAAUUUUGCUUUGUGCUCUUAUUUUUUUUCAAUUUUUUGUUGCUUUUCUCGCUUUUUUAUAUCGAACCAACAAGUCAACUUUCUAGAGUCAUGAACAAUGAAUAUUCUUAUUUGACCGACAUGCAGGAGAAUUGUAAACUGUAUGGCAUGGUGGAGAUCGAUCAGCUACGUGCCGUGUGGAAGAGCCGCAAGUUUGCGAUUCAGGUGCCGGACUCGAUAGUGCAGAGCGGGCUGUUGCCCUCGAUCUUUGACUGGCAGCUGCUGGGGCAGUUGAUGCCGGCCGAGCAGACAACUGCCGAGAUGCUGCUGCAGCAGCGUAUCAACGAUCUGGAGCUAUUGAACAGCCUGACGACAGCGCUGCAGCGCAUCCAGAUAGUGCCGGAGAUAGGGCUGGAUGUGGACGUGAUCAUGGGCCGACCCAGCUAUAAUGUGCUCGUGCAGGACGAUGGCAGCAUAUUGGUGAAGGAGCUGCCCAGCCUGCUGAUACAUGUGUUUGCUGCCGAAUCCCGGGCAGCCGCUGGACAGGAAUGCAUCAUGGAUGAACCGAACCUCAUGGCCUCGGAGCAAAGGAAACAACUCGCUGCACUUGUUGGCCAGAAGGCUACGCUACUUUCCGAGUCUGGCAUCAUACAGUCUGCAUCGAUUGGCGAACACCUGGCCGAGCCGGAGGAGUCCACUGAUGAGCCCACCGAACUGCCCCAGGAUCCCAACGAAGAGCUGGGCCAGUUCGAAGACUUUCUCGAGCGCACUUGCAGCAGCCUAAAAAUCAAUCACAUAACGAUCACAGAGCUGGAGCACAAUCUGCCCGACAUGCAGGCUGACGAUCUGGAUGUCAAUGAGGAUGAUCCGAAGGAGCAGCAGCAGCAGCAGGAGGAGAAGGACGAACCGGAGGAGGAGGAGCAGCAGCCAAUGCCAACGGAGGCCGCCAAUCAAAUUGUGGGGCCCAUCGAGACCAGAUUGCGACGUCGUCAGCCAUUUUGGAUGCGUUUCGGCAAUUGGCUGCGCCAAAGCCUGCCACGCCUCUAAACUAUAACAACGUCCAGUUACAUUUCCCAGCUCAGCAUCGACACGCCAAACACCCUGUAAGAGAUCCCACCCGCCACCUCGCUCUCUCGCUCGCCCUUAACUUUGCCCAAGAAGAACCACAAAAAAAAAAAAAAAACAAACAAACAAAAAACAAACAACAUAAUAACAUUGUUCAAUGAAUAGAUCGAAAAAAAUAACGCACACACACAAGAAA